AUGUAAUUUAUAGAAUUCUUAAUUUCAUAACUUUUCCCUAAACCUCCUUUUAAGAAUUCAAUUCGUCCUAAUCGCAUUAAAAAGGGUAAUUCAGUCAACCCAAUAUGGUAGAAUAAGAAAUUUGUUAAUCCCUAGAAUUGAAUUGGAUUUCAAACUCCAAUGUAGAUAUUAUUGAAAUUAGUACCUAAGCAUGCAAAACUCAAAUCAAAUUAAAUGAGUUAUACCCUUUUUCACAACCUUAAUUGAGAUUCUAAUUAGAGGAAGAUUUCUAUUCUAUAAAAAAUCUUGAUGACUUUAAUUAGUAUGAUUACUAUUUUAAAGCUUUUAAAUGGACUCCUUAAUUAACUGUUAGUCAAAUUGUAGAGAAGUAUUAUCAAUCAAUUAUUUAGAUCAAAUGAAUUCAUUCAAAAGACUAUCUUUAUUAAAUAACCUUACACUUUAGAUCCUUAUUCUGAUUUAAUGAGUAAAAUUACUAAAUCUUCCAAAUCUAUUGACUUGUCUAUCAUAUUCACAUUUUUAUUAGUAGCUUUGGCCAAUUUAAUACUAUUUUUACCGAACUAUUAAGAAUAAUAAGAAUUAAUUGAAAAAACUGUUCUUUUUGGAUACAAUACAUGGUAUAAUCAAUUUUAAUAAGUACCACUCUCACCUUUAAAAGCUUAAUUUUAUUGUUUGGUUGGAUUGAUAAUUAAUUUCUUUGAUUCUUCAAAAAUACAUGUAUUUAAACAACAAUAAGAACAAAUUAAUUAACCCUUCUUUCAUUAUUUAAAUUUGAUUAUAAAUUUAUGUAUCUUUUACAUUCCCUUAUACUUUAUACUCAAAUCAAAAUAGUUUAAAAUUAAUAAAGAACUUUUAUCAGGAAUACUACUUUAUUAAAUUAUUUGUCCAACUUUUUUAGGAAUAUGGAAUAUUAUUGAAAGUAAAACACAUUAUUAAUAAAUUUUAGUAUUAAUGGCACUUUGUAUUUUUAUUCUUACAGAAAAUGUUUGGUUUGGUUUAAUUUUAUAUGUUAUAACAGUCAAUUAUGAACCAUAAUGUUUAUUAUUAUAUCCUUUAAUUUCAACAUAUUCUUUAGGAAGAUUAUGUUAAUAGCAUGGAAUAAUAACCAAAAAGAAUAUCAAAGUAAAAUUAUCUUAUAAUUUAUAGCCUAAUUUGUAAGGGCUUUAAGAAUUAGUGAUAGAAUUGAUAUUUUUAAUUCUAGUAUUGAUAAUGGUUUAGUGUUUUAUUUUAAUUCCAUUUUUUUUUAGCUCUACAUUGUCUUAGGCAAUAUACCCAUCAGCAUUUAUAAAUUAUUUCAAUUAAAUUUUAAAUCAUGAAUUCUACAAUAUUUUAAUAUUUGGAUUUGCAUUUAUUUUGUCAUUUCCAGCUUUUAUAUUAAGUUUUUUAAAUGAAAAAUACUGUGCAUUAGGUGUGCUUAAUAUCAUAUUAAAUAUAAAAUUAUUUGAUAUUGCUAAUGGUAUUUCUGAUUAAAUGUUAUCAGUGUUUUUAAUGCUAAAUUUUAAGUAUUUUAGAUAAAUAAUAAAUUAUAUAAUAAUAUUAUUACCUUAACAAAACUGGAUAUUUAAAUUGGUUUAUUAUAUUUUUGGAGAUUUGUUUAUGCAAAGAAAUAAUUAAUUAAUUGAAAUGCCUAGACAUGGAUAAUAUUAAUUUUAAUCUUUAAGAAAAUUAGGAUUUUACGUAAUUAUUUAGUAUUAUUUAGUUACUUUUAUUUUCUCAAAUAUUUCAUAUCUAUAAUUUGGAAUAAAUAAUGUAUAAAAUAGGAUUGAUUAUUUUAAUAAUAAAUUGUUUAUUGGUUGUAAAUUAGAAAAUAUAGAAAGUAAUGAGAAAAGCUAAGACAGAUUGA